UAUUAAAGUGGAGAAAUAAGAAGAAAAAAGGCAGAAGGACGAAAGCAGGUCACGCGUCACGAUCGAUAAACAGUUAUGAGGUGGAAGUGUCGUGCGGAGAAGCCGUCUCUCGAAUGCCCGAAACUGGAGGUAAAUAAAAUGUCUGAUGAACUCAUAUCUAAUGAAGAUACUGAAGAUUACUCCGUUUUCGAGAAUAAGAGCGGUCUGGCAGAAGACAUGAAGUUUUUGGCAAGUAUGCCCGAGCUGUGUGACGUAACGUUCUUGGUGGGUGAAACUAGGGAGCCAGUUUGUGCAGUAAAAGCCGUUUUGGCGGCGAGAAGCAGGGUGUUUCACAAGAUUCUGUACACUCAGCAAGUUGCUCCAAGAGAAAUUCAAUCUCGGAAGAGAGAUUUUAGCAAGGAGACAAAAUUGAAAUUAUUCCUGAAGCGCAGUAGUGAGCCUAUUUUAAAUGUACCUUUAACGCAGGUGCCAUUUAAUGCGCACCAAACUUUGAUUGUCGAAGAAUUCGAGCCUGACGUCUUCCGGCAAUUAAUCGAGUAUAUACACACGGGAUGUGUUACGUUGCAGGCAAGAACACUCCUGGGAUUGAUGAAUGCGGCUGAUUACUAUGGACUCGACGAGCUGAGAAGAGCAUGUAUGGGUUUCGUACAGUGUUGUAUCAAUGUGGAUACAGUCUGCGCGCUUCUAUCCUCGGCAGAGAAGUAUAUACAAUAUAAAUGUACAAAAUCACUGGUACAGAAGGUAAGCUAUGUUCUAAAUCAACCAAUUUCUUGUGAAUUAAUAAAUAAAGACAACUUUGACGCUUUGCAGGUUCUAGAGUUCGUAGAUCUUCACGGUAAUGAGGUUUUGGGAUUAGGUAGUUUUGCCCUGUUGCCUCAACACGUCGUUAGACUGAUACUAUCGCGCGAGGAGUUGAAAGCCGAUGAACUUACCAAAUUUCAGGCGGCAGUCCAUUGGAGUAAACGUUAUUGCGACGUUGUCCCCAGUUCAGAAUUGCGCGACGUCAUGUCAAACUUUCUCGAGUGUAUAGAGUUUUACAAGAUCCCCGCAGGAGUUCUAAUGCGAGAAGUUCACCCCCUUUCCGUAGUGCCGGAUCACAUUAUCAUGAACGCGCUGGCCUUCCAAGCAGAUCCUUCCAGUGUGGACAUGAACAAAAUGGGCACACCUACAAGAUUCAGGAGGACCUCGCUGAUGUACCCAUUGGCCAACGAUGCCUGCAAAAGCCUUUACGAUCAAGAGAUGGCCUCCAAGGAACCCGCAGAAGGGGAGCGACGUAAGGGGAGAACCAGAUUAUAUAAGAGAAGCAAGACGGUGGCCGAGAGUUGAACUUUCACUGCCUUUUUCCAUGGAUGAAAUCUUAUCCAUUGCCUUCUGUGAUUUUUCUCGUUGGAAGAGUGGAAUUGAUUUGCGUAUAUUUUCUUAUCCAUAUUUACCGACGACGUGUGAUCAGUUGGAGUAUAUUUUCUUCACUCCGAUCGUUCUAAUUUGUUAAAAUAUCUGUGACUAGUUUUAUUCAGGUUGCUUUGUGAACGAGAAUGUGUCAUGUUUACAUAAUAAAGCAUACGAAAAGACAA